AUUCGUUUUCCGAAAUUAUAAAACUCAAAAGCUGGUCCAAAGCUUCACUUUCCCCAUCUUCUUCUUUGCCGUUUCCCCCCCAUUACUUAAAUAAAUCCCUCCCUGAAAGUAGCCUCUCUGUCACGGGGAAAAGCUCAGCUUCCCCACUUUCUCUCUUGACAAUUUAUGUCUCUGUCUGUACUAUAGCACACUUGGGAUCCAGCAUCUUCCUCUCCUUCCUUCCUUCCCCUGUUCCUCAAUCCCUUCGAUUUGCUCGUCUUCUCUGCAAUUGAUCUUUACCCCCACCUCUGAUUCCUAACCCAGUUCCUGAAAUCGAAUUGGAAGUUGAAUCGGCCAUCUGGAGGGGAAGGGUAGCUUCAUGGCGGUGACGGAGCGCUGAACGGCGGCCAGUUCGGUAGAGAGGAGAAACUAAAACAUGCAGCUGAGUUUGCAGAGGUGGUUCGGAUCCGGAGCUUUCCGUCAAUUGGUGGAAACGAUCUGCCGGCCGUUAAUGAAGCUGCCAUCGAGAUCGUCGGCUGUCAUCUUCUCCGUUCUGUUCCUCCUCGGCGGCGCGUUGAUCUCCACUCGCCUCCUCGACUCCAAUGCGUUCAGCGGCUCGGCUCGGGAACCGGAGCCGGGGAAGGCUCUAACGGCCAGCAGAAUCACGCUUCCCGACAAAAUCCCGAAAAAGCAUCUCGAGAUUCCACUGGACUGCACUGCACUCAACCGCACCGGAACCUGUCCGUCGAACUACCCGCGCGCGAUCGAGGAGGAGGAACCCGGCCCACGGUCCACGUGUCCGGAGUACUUCCGUUGGAUCCACGAGGAUCUUCGGGCCUGGGCCCACACGGGGAUCACGAGGGAGGCGGUGGAGACGGCGAAACGGACGGCGAACUUCCGGUUGGUAAUCGUGAACGGGAAGGCUUACGUGGAGAGGUACCAGAAGUCGUUUCAGACGAGGGAUGUAUUCACGCUUUGGGGGAUUCUCCAGCUGCUGCGGCGGUACCCGGGAAAGGUGCCGGACUUGGAGCUGAUGUUCGAUUGCGUUGACUGGCCGGUGGUCGGAAAAUCGGGCGGCUAUGGUGAAAAUGGGCCGAACACCACCGGCCCACCGCCUCUGUUUCGGUACUGCGGGGAUGAUCGGACGCUCGAUAUCGUUUUCCCCGAUUGGUCGUUUUGGGGAUGGCCGGAGAUCAACUUAAAGCCAUGGGAGGGUUUGCAGAAGGAGCUCAGAGAGGGGAACACAAAGAAGAGAUGGAUGGAAAGAGAGGCUUAUGCGUAUUGGAAAGGGAAUCCGGCGGUGGCGGAGACGAGGAUGGACCUUAUGAAAUGCAAUGUCUCUGAAGAACACGACUGGAAUGCUCGCGUCUUUGCUCAGGAUUGGGUUAAAGAAUCACAGCAAGGGUACAAGCAAUCGGACUUAGCCAACCAAUGCUUACACAGGUACAAAAUCUACAUCGAAGGUUCGGCAUGGUCGGUUAGCCAGAAGUACAUUAUGGCCUGCGACUCCCUCACCCUGAUCGUAAAGCCACAUUACUACGACUUCUUCACCAGAAGCUUGGUCCCUGUUCACCAUUACUGGCCUAUACAAGAACACGACAAGUGCAAAUCGAUCAAGUUCGCAGUCGAUUGGGGCAACAGCCACAAGCACAAGGCUCAAGAGAUAGGGAAGGCGGCGAGCUCAUUCAUUCAGGACGAGUUGAAGAUGGACUACGUGUACGACUACAUGCUCCAUCUCCUGACUCAAUACUCGAAGCUACUGACGUUCAAGCCGGUUGUUCCGAAGGGAGCUGUUGAGCUGUGUUCGGAAUCAAUGGCCUGCAAUGCAGCUGGGUUGGAGAACAAGUUCAUGAUGGAGUCGCUGGUGAAGGGUCCUUCGGAGAGGGCUCCGUGCACGAUUCCUCCGCCUUACGACCCUCCAUCGCUCAGUGCGGUUUUGAGGAGGAAUUCGAAUUCGAUCAAGCAGGUCGAGUUAUGGGAGAAGAGGUACUGGGACAAUCAGAACAAGUAGCACUGUAGGCUGUAGCAACAGCAGCAGGCUUAGAGGAAUAGGGUGCUAUACAAUAUACAGAGGGGAUUAGUUUUACUUUUUGUUAUAUGUGAAAUCAUUGGGAUCAUAGUAAUUCCAUUAUUUGUACCAGUUUCAAUAGUGGGCUCUACAUAUUUGAGUAGAUGGGCCGUUAUGUUUGGAGCCUUUCUAAAUGGGCCCAUAGAAAAACGAACCAGAUCUCGCCGGGUUUCCACCAAGCAUCACAUCACCUCUUCCUAAAA